CAACAAGUUCAAUUCUAUCAGGCAGUGAAGUCAUCUACAGCAGAACCGCAGCCAGUUAAUACUUUUGCAAGUUUUUGAACAUUCCAAGUGAUCUUAAACAAAAUUGACAACAGUAUGUCUCACGUUCAGAGCUUUGCGAUUUGCUGCCUUGCCAUUGUCCUGUUGGCUGUGUGUGUGCAGAGUGCAGAGGCAGCCUCGCAGGCACCACUAUGCCAGCCCGGCAUAUUCGAGGAGAUGCCUGAACAUAUCAAAAAGGUUUGCAUGGCCCUGGAGAAUUCCGAUCAAUUGAAUUCUGCACUCAAAUCCUACAUCAACAACGAAGCGUCUGCUCUUGUUGCGAAUUCCGAUGAUUUGCUAAAAAACUAUAAUAAACGCACAGAUGUCGAUCAUGUAUUCCUGCGCUUUGGCAAACGUCGUUAAAAACCUUACCGUAUAACCCACAAAGCAUUCUCAAACGAUUCUACGAUACGACCCUGGAUAACGAUCGGUAGUUUUUUUUUAGCUGAAAACACAACACAAAUGGCGUCUUCUCCCUCUAUGCAUAAUGUAUUCUCGGCACAUUGGCGUUAAACAUUUAAAAUUAAUCAACUUGGAAGCUCUCUAGUUCAAUAAUAAAUCAAACAAUUUAAUGUAUACUUACUCGUUAAUAUAUUAUAUUUGUAUAUACAUAUAUUCGUACAUACUCAAGGACCCCCGAAGAACGUAUUGUACAUGUUGAUCUCUUUAUUUAUAUUUUGUUUUAGAACACUUUAUUACUUCUUAAUUACAAAAAAAAAAAAAAAAUGUUUGUAAAACACAUUUAUACCACAUAAUAUUCAAUGAUAAUUAACAGUACAUAUUUCCCUUACACAAAGCACUUGCAAAAAUAACCUAUAUAUAAUUAAAUUGUUAUGACGUUUGAAAAUGUAAAUCUUUACUGCAUUCAUUUUUAAAUAAAGUAUCUUUUUCUUCUCAAACU